AUGGUAGGCACGCGAGCUCAUUUAAUGUUUGAUAGUCAGUCUUCAUUUCAUAAAACUAGAGACUACUUGAGAGUGACUGCUCUGCAAGAUUCAUGGGAACGAUCUGGAUUCGAAAAUGGAAAAGAGAACAUUGUCAACCACUACUAUUCGGACACAGACACCUACGUUCUCGUAGACAGUGUCUCUAUUGUUAUAAAAGUAACCAAAGAUCAAGUCUGGGAAAUGUACGGAGGUUUCUUGAUUACUUAUUCUAUGGAGAUCGGAUGGGAUGAACUUGUUCGUAGUAUGAGCCCAAACUUGAAAGGAUUCUUGGAUAAUCUGGACAGUCUUCAUUAUUUUAUUGAUCAUGUCGUCUACAAAGCAAACCUUCGUGGUCCGUCAUUUCGUUGUGAAGAGAAUCCAGAUGGAACACUGAUGCUUCAUUACUUCACUGGACGUCCGGGAUUGUAUCAUAUUGUGAAAGGAGUAGUUAAAGAAGUGGCUAAACUCGUGUUCAAUUUAGAUAUAACCUUGUCAGUUCAAGGAAGAACUCAGAGAAGUGUUCAUAUGAACAAUGGAGAACGAGUAGAGGAACAUGUGAUCUUUCUGAUCAAGAAUGUUGGGGAGAAUCGGCGUGACUCAGAGGCUUCUACCGUCAGUCUUAUGACAUCGGCCGCUCCAGACUUCGGCGAAAUCGUAGAUGAUAAUCUCAGAAUGUCACUUCAAGACUUUUCGAAAGCACUCCCGUAUCAUUUCGUGUUAGAUGAAUCAUGCAAACUUGUUCAAUGUGGAGAUGAACUAUACAAUCAUAUUCCGAAUGAACUUUUGAAACCGGGAACUCCCAUUUUAAGAAUUUUUGAGAUCAAUCGGCCUCAAAUACCUUUGGAUUUUGAGAACAUCUGUAAUUUCAUCAAUGCGGUAUUCGUUCUCCAAGUGAAGACUUCUCCCUUGAAGAAGAAACACAUGGAUGCAUUGACAAAAGAGGAACAAGAGCAGGAAGCAGAUGCUAUGGAAGCUGAAAAUACAUCAAAUGAACUGACUCAGGGUUGCCAUUUGAAACUCAAAGGUCAAAUGAUGAUGUUGUCCACUAAGAAACAUAUCAUCUACCUUUGUUCUCCUUAUGUUACUUCCAUUAAUGAAUUAAUGCAGUUUGGAAUGCGUCUUACCGCUAUGCCGCUUCAUGAUGCAACCCGUGAUCUUAUUCUUCUGAAUCAGCAAAGACUUACAGAUGUGGAAGUGAAUCUACAAUUGGAAGCAAACAAUGAACAAUUGGAGACAAUGACUCGCGAAUUGGAGGUGGAGCGUAAAAAAACUGACUCAAUUCUCAAAGAUAUGCUUCCAAGAAAGAUUGCUAAACAAUUGCUCAGUGGAGAACAUAUUGAACCUUGUGAAUAUGAGGCAACGGUCAUGUUUUGUGAUCUUCCUGCUUUCCAACAAAUCAUACCAGUUUGCCAACCAAAGAAUAUUGUGAAGCUCUUGAAUGAAGUCUUCUUCAAACUGGAUCGCAUUGUUGUUCUUCGCGGUGUUUACAAAGUGGAAACGGUUUCAGACAGCUAUAUGACAGUGUCUGGGAUCCCUGACUAUACGAAUGAGCAUGCUGAAACAAUGUGUCACGUAGCUCUGGGAAUGAUGUGGGAAGCUCGAUCAGUGAUGGAUCCAGUCAACAAUACUCCAUUCUUACUACGAAUUGGUCUACAUUCUGGAACAAUUAUAGCAGGUGUUGUUGGAACCAAAAUGCCCCGUUAUUGUCUUUUUGGCGAGACAGUUACAUUGGCUUCUCAAAUGGAAUCACUCGGAUUGGCAGGAAAGAUACAGUGUAGCAAAUGGACCUACAUGCAGGCAAUGGAAACUGGAAGAUUUGAAUUCGCUCCAAGAGGAAGAAUUACAGUAAAAGGAAGAGGAGAUGUGGAAACAUAUUUUUUAACAAGAAGUUUGAAAAAGAGCAUUUGGGAAAUCACGGAUCACGAAAGAGACGUGAACGUCAACAGUAUUGAAGGAUAUGAAGAGCUCGAGACAUCGAUUGAAAGUGCUCAAGCGGCCAGGAAUGAUAACACCACAAAAGCUAAUCAAAAUAAUUCUGCAGCGUGUACAAUUGCAUGA